AUGACCGACACAGUCGAUGCUGCCUUAGCUGAAGAGGUAAGACAUGCAUUACAGUGCCUUGGAUACCGCAAUCCAUCUGAGGAGGAUAUUGCUCUAACGUUGCAGCAUGCCAGAGAGGCUGCUUACCGUGAUAAUUUGCAAUCAGCAUCAUCAUCACCGCAACUGCAGACGCAACCAACACCUUCAGGAAGACAGAAAGAAAAUUCUCAACAGGAAUCUGCUUCCCCACCGAAUAAAGUUAAUGAUGUAACAAUAGCCCCACAGGACGAUGAGGAGACGCCUAUGCCCCGUGAGAAAUGUGAUCAAGGACCAUCUUCUCCUUCGCUAAAUCAAUGGCCAGGAUUGUCCUCACGUUCUAUACGUGGAGGGCGAACAACUCCCAUGAAUUCGACCGGAACAGGACGCCAGCCUCGACGGGCAUAUGCAGUGGGGAAUCAGAAGACUUGGGAGUAUCAUCAACAGGAACCUUACCAUUUUGGUGGUAGUGUUGUGGUAGAGGGACGCCCGAAGAACAAGGGGACAACACAGCGACAGGGUAGAUGUCAUUUUGACCCAGGAUCACUGCGUCACGUUUCUCGUGGUAGCAGAGGAAUGAUAAGAGAGGGUGUAGGUGUUACAAUUCCAACAGCAAUAGAUGUAGAAGAACUUGGAGGAUAUGGGUCUUAUACAAGGCCACUAGAGUAUAUGAAUCCACAAGCACGUCUACAGCGACAUUUGAAGCGCUACGAGAGAGGACUAAAGGAGUUUUAUGUGAAUAGACACGAUGAUGAUGUCCGGGAAGAUUUCCUGAGAGAAGGUAGGUUAACCUACGAUGAUGGUGAUGAUGCUGAGGAGUGGGAGGAGAAUGAUGAAUACCUUGGGUACACUGAUGAUGGGGAAUAUAAUAGACAAGUACUUGUGCGCAAUGGACGACGUCCUCACCAUUCAAUUGCCCCUGAGAUGCCACUGCGCUCGACUCCUCGUCUUGUACUAAAUCAACGGAGUGCAAAUACUAUUUACAGUUUUACUGGUGAUAGUCGUUACAAAUACCGUGGUGGUGGGGGUGCGCCAUUGUGUGAUGUUGUGGGUCCUGACGGUUCUACUCUACGACAACGUUCGGACCCCGUUCGAAGAGGGCAACAGAUGCGAGAAAUAUGGAAAAGCGAUAAGUUUCUCGCACGACAAAGAAGGAAAGAUGAACGUUGA